UUGACAUUUUUUAGCUAGCUAUUUGCAAGUUUUUCGAGUCCAGCCGAGUAUCAUGUCUGACUGGUGCUCGGCUCAGCUUGAAUUCCAGGCCUAACUGUCGUGCUCUUCCCGCAAUCUUCGGCCUGCUCCAAGAAUCAGUCCUCGCUGAUUCGAGCUUCCAGGCAACACCACCACUUUCCAAUCCUGGGGUUCGAUUAUGCUCUAGAUGUUGCUCGAGCGAGAAGGAGAUGUUUCUCUGAAGUGAUGAAGUUCUCUCUGGCUGACCUCCGCCUGUUUCUGCUCUCUUGAGCUUCCCGUGGCUGGCAUGGCGAAGCUCCGGUCGGCUCGGGGAGCUCUCGGGGUCAUGGCGGCCUUUAUCAUGUGCGGCGCCACGGCGUACACGCCCGAGGACAACUACCUCCUCAGCUGCGGCUCCUCGGUGGACACGCCGGUGGGCGGGAGGCGCUUCCUCGCCGACGGCUCCAACCCCGGCACGGUCACCCUGACAUCCCCAGAGAGCGCCGCAGUGAAGGCCUCGCCGGGCUCGGUCUCCGGGUUCCGCGACGCCGCGCUGUACCGGACCGCCAGGGUGUUCGCGGCGCCGUCCUCGUACGCGUUCGCGAUCAGGCGCCAAGGCCGACACUUCCUCCGCCUCCACUUCUUCCCCUUCGAGAACGGCGACGGCCACGACCUGGCUGCUGCGUCCAGAGCGCUCAAGGUGUCCACGCAGGACGUCGUCCUGCUCGACCACGGCUUGCCUUCGCCUAACGCGUCGUCGUCGUCGCCGGUGGUCGUGGAGUUCCUGCUGGACGUGGCGCGCGACACGCUCGUCGUCACGUUCGUGCCGCUGGGCGCCGACGGGGGCGUCGCCUUCGUCAACGCCCUCGAGGUCGUAUCCGUCCCCGACGACCUCCUCACCAAAGGCGGCGCGUUUCCGCUGCAGACGGCGCACCGCGUCAACGUGGGCGGCCCGGCGGUGGCGCCCGACGACGACGCGCUCUGGCGAGAGUGGGCCAUCGACUGGCCGUCCCUCCUCCAUUCCACGGUGACCGACGCGGUGACGCGGGAGGUCCGGUACAACGGGCCGCUGAACCGCGUCCCCGGGCAGGCGACCGUGACGGACGCGCCGGACGCCGUGUACAGCACGGCGAGGGAGCUGGUUCUUACCAACGGCUCCACCAUGGACGGCAUGAAGCAGAUGGUGUGGAAGUUCGACGUCGAUGCCUUCUCCGCCUACCUCAUCAGGUUCCACUUCUGUGAUAUCGUCAGCAAGGCUCCCGGCCAGCUCCGCAUGAACGCCUACGUCGACGACUCCCCCGCGAUCCAAGACUUCGACCUCGCCGCCGUCGGCGGUGGCGCGCUGGCGUUUCCCUACUACAUGGACUUCGUGUUGCCUGCUAGCUCUUCGUCCGGGAAACUCGGCGUGUACGUCGGCCCGCCGGAAAAUGAGAUCGUGAUGCCCGCCGCCAUUCUCAACGGGAUCGAGAUCAUGAAGAUGCACCAGAGCGCCGGUUCCGUCGUCGUGGUCGAGCCCGCAGCGAGAGCACGGAAGUCCCGUCUGGCCGUCAUUGCCGGCUCGGCGUGUGGAGCCUUCGCCUUCGUGUCCAUUGCCGUUGGUCUCGCCAUCGUCCUUAGGAAAAAGAAGAAGGGUGGUACGAAGGAGGAGCAUCCGAAGCCGACGCAGGCCCAGUUGUCCAUGCCAUGGAUGCCGCUCCUGGGCCGCAUCAGCAUUCCUGGACCGUCGAGCUUCACCACCGCCAGUAACACACCGGCAGCAGCGAGCCCCGUGGCUGCAGCCGGCGCGGCGAUCCCGAGCCCCGUGUCAGCUGCCGGCGCGGCGAUCCCGAGCUACCGCUUCCCGUUCGCCGUGCUGCAAGAAGCGACGCGCAACUUCGACGACAGCCUGGUGGUCGGGCAAGGAGGGUUCGGGAAGGUGUACGCGGCCGUGCUGCCGGAUGGCACCAAGGUGGCCGUGAAGCGCGCGAGCCCGGAGUCGCGGCAGGGCGCGCGGGAGUUCCGCACGGAGAUCGAGCUGCUGUCCGGGCUGCGCCACCGGCACCUCGUGUCCCUCGUGGGCUACUGCGACGAGCGUGAGGAGAUGAUCCUGCUCUACGAGUUCAUGGAGCACGGCUCUCUGCGGAGCCGCCUCUACGGCCGCGGCGGCGCACCGGCGCGGGUGCUCAGCUGGACUCAGCGGCUGGAGGCGUGCGCGGGCGCGGCGAGGGGCCUGCUGUACCUGCACACCGCCAUCGCCAAGCCGGUGAUCCACCGGGACGUGAAGUCGUCCAACAUCCUGCUGGACGGCGAGCUCACGGCCAAGGUGGCCGACUUCGGGCUGUCCAGGGGCGGGCCGGAGCUGGACGAGACGCACGUGAGCACGGUGGUGAAGGGGAGCUUCGGGUACGUGGACCCGGAGUACUGCCGGACGAGGAAGCUGACGGCCAAGUCCGACGUCUACUCGCUCGGCGUCGUGCUGCUGGAGGCGCUCUGCGCGCGGCCGGUGGUGGAUCCGAGGAUGCCGAAGCCGAUGGCGAACCUGGUGGAGUGGGGGCUGCACUGGCAGGGCAGGGGCGAGCUGGAGAAGAUCGUGGACCGGCGCAUCGCCGCCACGGUGAGGCCGGCGGCGCUGAGGAAGUACGGCGAGACGGCGGCCAGGUGCCUCGCGGAGCGCGGCGCCGACCGGCCGGCCAUGGAGGACGUCGUGUGGAGCCUGCAGUUCGUAAUGCGGCUGCAGGAGGGCGACGGGCUGGACUUCUCCGACGUCAACAGCCUCAAAAUGGUUACGGAGCUCAGGCCGCCUACGCCGCCGCCUCGCCAUCAGAGGAGCGCUGUUGAUUGUGAAACCGGCAGCGUGGAGGAUGGAGAUGGCGUACCAGACGACGAUUACACCGACGCGUCAUCCAUGAGAGGGACCUUCUGGCAGAUGGUAAAUGUUGGACGCAAAUGAGCCGCAUGCAAGGUUUUGAAAGGAUAAUGAUGCUACUGCCAAGUGUCAUACUGUAUUAUUCAGGAUGUAAAUCAAUAGAGAACUCUACCAAACGAUGCCAAAAUGUCAGUUUUUUUCAGGUAAAUCAGUAGACCACUAGACCAAACGAUGUAUAUGUUUUUGUUGUAUUGCUUAA